UGUCGAUCUCAUCGAAAUAAAAUAUCUCUGUGUUUUCCGAUCUCAUCAGCCGUGUAUUUGCCACACCGCCACACAUGUGAUAUUAUUUUUCGAUGUCAUCGAAUUAUGUGUUCAUAAUAUAAGUUCAUGCCAAAAAAUAAUACAAAUAAUGGCGGUCAAUAUUUUGCGGCAAUAUAAUAGCUGGAUUGCUAGGCACAAAGCAAAAAGCCGAAAAUCAGAUGUGGAUUUUAGUGUUAAACAAAAAAGAAAAAAAGUGUCUAUAAAUACUCAGGUGCUAAGGGGGUACGAUUUAUGGAAACAAAACCAGUUAUUGUCAUUGGAAGAUUCAGAUUUUGAUAACAGAAAUUUUUGUUUCAAAAAUCUUGGUCAUAACUGGUCGUUGUUAACAAACAAUGAAAAAGAAAGCUGGAACAAGAAAGCUUUAUUACAAAGAAACAAAUUACUUCCUCUCACUAAAGAAGAAAAAGAAAUUAAAUCUAAAAAGUUGUUAAAACAGUUGAAAAAAGUUGUGGAAGAGUUAGCAAAUAUGGGCAAUGACGUUGUUGCGGUUACUUGUCUUGCUCAUGGUGGUGCUCCUGUUGUAACUGCAACCGAAAGAGGGUGCCAAUUUUUACUAAAUUCUGAAGAAUUAAACUUUCAGUUUAAAUUUGCUGAAUUUUUGAAAGCUCCAAUAGUCAAUAAGGAAAUGGUUGAAAAAAAUAAAUUAUGUACUAAAGUUGCAGAUAUUUUGAAUAUGAAAUUAGUCGACUUGCUUUGCCAAAACACUUGCAACAAAGAUUUCGAAAAUGUCAUAUUCCAUACAAGAAAUAUGUUCCCACUAUUAUUAGUGCUCAUGGCUUACCUGAUGGACAGGUUUUAAGAUAUCCAUCAUCAAUGGGAAAUUUCAACCAGUGAGAAUAUCAAACUCAAACGUAAACGAAUUAAAUUUGUCAGAUGUUCAGUCUGCUUUUUGUUCUGAUGCAGAACAAGUUGUAAUAACAUCCAAUGAAGUUUGUAUGGAUCACGAUUAUGUUUAGGCGAACUUCCUUCAAUUAAGUAACAAUUUUUAAAUUUUUUUAUUUUAUAAAUGUAUUUUAAUUUUGUUCAAAUCCUCUUCUUUGUCUUGAUUA